AUGGCCGACCGAGAACAACCAUAUGACCCUUAUAUCCCCUCCAAUGGCCAGGGCGGUGGACAGCCACAAGCUGGCGGUAAUCCAAGAACAGCGGCUCUGCAAGCGCAAAUCGAUGAUACCGUCAAUGUUAUGCAAGAGAACAUCAAAUCCGUGCAGAGGAGAGGCGAGAACAUUGAGACGCUACAAGGGAAGACCGAUAACCUCGCAGCUUCCGCACAAGGCUUCCGACGUGGAGCCAACCGUGUCAGGAAGCAGAUGUGGUGGAAGGAUAUGAAGAUGCGCAUGUGUCUGAUUGUUGGCAUCAUUAUCCUUCUCAUUGUUAUCAUCGUCCCCGCAGGUGAGUUGACAACCUUGGCACCCAAUGCUGUUCAUAAUUAA